AUGAGCUGGUGGUGGAAGCCUAGGGCUGCUGCUCCGAGCAGCGAGAAUGGCGACAACACUGCUCUACCCGUUUCGCCGACUCCGCAAGAAGUUUUGGCAGCUCCGAUCAGCGCAACAGCUGCUCCUCCCGUUUCAGAGCCAGUCACUCGUGUCCUAAGUAGAGAAGAGCAGGCUGAGCAGGAGUGGGCAUUGUUGUUGAGAGACCUUCAAGCAGAAGCUAGUGAUGGACGGACUGAGAAGACCACAUCCACCCAGAAAGAGACGGGAUCGCAGGCGACACUUACUGGGACCGACAUCUCUCCCAACUCGUUGUACCCGACCGAUAUGUCCUGUCGUUCCGCCUUCGACUAUGCAAUGUUCUGCCAAAGCUUCGGUGGUCAGUUCGUCAACGUCUACCGUCACGGUUCUUUCCGCUCAUGUUCGAAUCACUGGGACGACUUUUGGCUCUGUAUGAGAACAAGGAAGUGGGACAAGGCGGACCGCGAGAGAGCUAUUCAGGAGCAUUACCGGAAAAAGGCAGUUAAAUGGAAGACCGGGCCCAGCAGUGAAGAUGUAUGGGAGGUUCGAACAGAGCCCGUCAAGAAUCCCAUCUCUGGAAACCUCGCUGAACUCGAGGCCGAAUUGGAGCAGUUGAAGAAGAAUAACCCAGCUGUAUCAGAAACCUGGAGUCCAGCACAGUAG